CGGGCGGCUGGCUGGCGGUGGAGCCGGCGGCUGUGGCGGGUGGCCGGCAGAGCGUGUGCCCGGUAGUAGACGACUAAGUGGCGGCGAUGUUGCCGCCUGUGUAAGGAGUGCGGAGGAGGCCGCGGCGCUUGAGGCCCCAGCAAGCGCGGAGGAACGGCGGGCUGGGGCCGGUGGAUCGGGCGCCCGCCCGGCUAUGGUGGCUGCGGGCGGUGGUUGGCGCGGCAGCGCUGCGUGCCGGGGCCGUGCGGGGCCGGGGCAGUCGCGGCGCUGACGACCGUGGGGCCCAGCCGUGGAUAUGAAGCGGAGCCGCUGCCGCGACCGACCGCAGCCGCCGCCGCCGCCGCCAGCCCGCGGUGAGGAUGGGGCUCAGCGGGCGGCGCAGCAGCCCCAGCCCCAGCCCCAGCCCCUGCCCCCGCGCCGGCGAGCGCCGCCCGGGAGGCAGUGGCUGGAGGAGCGGACCGGGCCCGCGGGGCCGGAGGGCCGGGAGCAGGAUGUGGUAACUGGACUUAGUCCCCUGCUCUUCAGGAAGCUCAGUAAUCCUGACAUAUUUUCAUCCACUGGAAAAGCUAAGCUCCAACGACAGCUUAGUCAGGAUGACUGUAAGUUACGGAGAGGAAGCCUGGCCAGCUCUCUGUCAGGUAAGCAGCUGCUCCCAUUGUCCAGCAGUGUACAUAGCAGUGUGGGACAGGUGACAUGGCAGCCUUCAGGAGAAGCAUCAAACCUGGUUCGAAUGAGAAACCAGUCCCUUGGACAGUCUGCGCCUUCCCUUACUGCUGGCUUGAAGGAGUUGAGCCUUCCAAGAAGAGGCAGUUUAAUCUCUACUCUUUGCCGAGGAUCUGAAGUAAACCAGCACAUGUUUUCGCCCACAUUGGCUCCAGCCCUAUCCCUCACUAAAGUCCCACUUAGUGCUGAUUGUGCUUUGGCUACUUCUCCUCUUGUCUUUUUCCUGAACCCACAAGCUCACAGCAGUCCUGGCAGCCCCUGCUCCAGCCGCCCGCUGCAGUGGAGUUGUCGGACAAGUAACCGCAAGAGCUUGAUUGUGACCUCUAGCACAUCACCCACACUUCCACGGCCACACUCACCACUCCAUGGCCACACAGGUAACAGUCCUUCAGACAGCCCCCGGAAUUUCUCUCCAAAUGCACCCGCUCACUUUUCCUUUGUUCCUGCCCGUAGCCAUGGCCACAGAGCAGACAGGACUGAUGGACGGCGCUGGUCUUUGGCAUCUUUACCUUCUUCAGGGUAUGGAACCAACACUCCUAGCUCCACGGUCUCAUCUUCAUGCUCCUCACAGGAGAAGCUACACCAGUUACCCUUUCAGCCUACAGCCGAUGAGCUGCACUUUUUGACGAAGCAUUUCAGCACAGAGAGUGUACCAGAUGAGGAGGGACGGCAGUCCCCAGCCAUGCGGCCCCGCUCCCGCAGCCUCAGUCCUGGACGGUCCCCAGUUUCUUUUGACAGUGAAAUAAUAAUGAUGAAUCAUGUGUACAAAGAAAGAUUCCCCAAGGCCACAGCACAAAUGGAAGAACGUCUAGCAGAAUUUAUUUCCUCCAACACUCCAGACAGUGUGUUGCCCUUGGCAGAUGGAGCCUUGAGCUUUAUUCAUCAUCAGGUGAUUGAGAUGGCUCGAGACUGCCUGGAUAAAUCUCGGAGUGGCCUCAUUACAUCACACUACUUCUAUGAACUUCAAGAGAAUUUAGAGAAACUUCUGCAAGAUGCCCAUGAACGCUCAGAGAGCUCAGAGGUGGCUUUUGUGAUACAGCUGGUGAAAAAGCUGAUGAUUGUUAUUGCCCGCCCAGCUCGUCUCCUGGAAUGCCUGGAGUUUGACCCUGAGGAGUUCUACCACCUGUUAGAAGCAGCUGAGGGCCACGCCAAAGAGGGACAAGGGAUUAAAUGUGACAUUCCCCGCUACAUCGUUAGCCAGCUGGGCCUUACACGUGAUCCCCUAGAGGAAAUGGUCCAGUUGAGCAGCUAUGACAGUCCUGACACUCCAGAGACAGAUGAUUCAGUUGAGGGCCGUGGGGCAUCUGUACCAUCUAAAAAGACACCCUCUGAAGAGGACUUUGAAACCAUUAAGCUCAUCAGUAAUGGCGCCUAUGGGGCCGUAUUCCUGGUGCGGCACAAGUCUACCCGGCAGCGCUUUGCCAUGAAGAAGAUCAACAAGCAGAACCUGAUCCUGCGGAACCAGAUCCAGCAGGCCUUCGUGGAGCGUGACAUACUGACUUUUGCCGAGAACCCCUUUGUGGUCAGCAUGUUCUGCUCCUUUGAGACCAAGCGUCACCUGUGCAUGGUGAUGGAGUAUGUCGAAGGGGGAGACUGUGCCACUCUGCUGAAGAACAUUGGGGCCCUACCUGUGGACAUGGUGCGUCUGUACUUCGCGGAAACCGUGCUGGCCCUGGAGUACUUGCACAACUAUGGCAUUGUGCACCGUGACCUCAAGCCUGACAACCUCCUGAUUACAUCCAUGGGGCACAUCAAGCUCACUGACUUUGGACUCUCUAAAAUUGGCCUCAUGAGCCUGACGACAAAUUUAUACGAAGGCCACAUUGAAAAGGAUGCUCGGGAGUUCCUAGACAAGCAGGUAUGCGGAACUCCCGAAUAUAUUGCACCUGAGGUAAUCCUGCGCCAGGGCUAUGGGAAGCCAGUGGACUGGUGGGCCAUGGGCAUAAUCCUGUAUGAAUUCCUGGUGGGUUGCGUUCCUUUCUUUGGAGACACUCCGGAGGAGCUCUUUGGCCAAGUGAUCAGUGAUGAGAUUGUAUGGCCUGAGGGUGAUGAUGCACUGCCCCCAGACGCCCAAGACCUCACCUCCAAACUGCUUCACCAGAACCCUCUUGAGAGGCUGGGCACAGGCAGCGCCUCUGAGGUGAAGCAGCACCCAUUCUUUAUGGGUCUGGACUGGACAGGACUUCUUCGCCAGAAAGCUGAAUUUAUCCCUCAGCUAGAGUCAGAGGAUGAUACCAGCUACUUUGACACCCGCUCAGAGCGAUACCACCACAUUGAUUCAGAGGACGAGGAGGAUGUGAGUGAGGAUGGCUGCCUCGAGAUUCGCCAGUUCUCUUCCUGCUCUCCAAGGUUCAGCAAGGUGUACAGUAGCUUGGAGCGGCUCUCUCUGCUCGAGGAGCACCAUACACCACCCCCUACCAAGCGCAGCCUGAGUGAGGAGAAGGAGGACCGCUCAGACGGCCUAGGAGGGCUUAAGGGCCGAGCCCGCAGCUGGGUGAUUGGCUCCCCUGAGAUAUUGCGGAAACGGCUUUCAGUGUCCGAGUCAUCCCACACAGAGAGUGACUCAAGCCCUCCACUGACAGUGCGGCGCCGCUGCUCAGGCCUCCUGGAUGUGCCCCGCUUCCCUGAGGGCCCUGAGGAGGCUAGCAGCACCCCUAGGAGGCAGCAGCGGGAGGGUACAUGGCUUGUGACACCCCCAUCUGGAGAGGGGGUAUCUGGGCCUGUCCCUGAGCGGCCAGUGGAGCAGCCGCUGAAGCUAGAUGAGGAGUCUGCUGGCCAGAGCAGCGGUUCCAGUCCAGCCACGGAGACCCGAGGAGGAUGUGCGACACCGCAGCUGGCUGAGGGAGCCACAGCCAAGGCCAUCAGUGACCUGGCUGCACGCAGGGCCCGCCACCGGCUGCUCUCUGGGGACUCUAUAGAGAAGCGCACUGCCCGCCCCAUCAACAAAGUGAUCAAGUCUGCCUCAGCCACAGCUCUCUCCCUCCUCAUUCCUGCGGAGCAUCACACCUGCUCGCCAUUGGCCAGUCCCAUGUCCCCCCAUUCCCAGUCGUCCAACCCAUCGUCCAGGGACUCUUCUCCAAGCCGGGACUUCUCGCCGGCCCUGGGCAGCUUGAGGCCCCCCAUCAUCAUCCACCGAGCUGGAAAGAAAUACGGCUUCACCCUGAGGGCCAUCCGUGUCUACAUGGGCGACUCAGAUGUCUACACUGUGCACCAUAUGGUGUGGCAUGUGGAGGAUGGAGGUCCAGCCAGUGAGGCAGGACUUCGUCAGGGUGACCUCAUCACUCACGUCAACGGGGAGCCUGUGCAAGGGCUGGUGCACACAGAGGUGGUGGAGCUGAUCCUGAAGAGUGGAAACAAGGUCUCUAUUUCAACAACACCUCUGGAGAACACGUCCAUUAAAGUGGGACCAGCCCGGAAGGGCAGCUACAAGGCCAAGAUGGCCCGAAGGAGCAAGCGGAGCCGGGGCAAGGAUGGGCAAGAGAGCAGGAAAAGGAGCUCCCUGUUCCGGAAGAUCACCAAGCAGGCAUCCCUGCUCCACACCAGCCGCAGCCUUUCUUCCCUCAACCGCUCCUUGUCAUCAGGGGAGAGUGGGCCAGGCUCUCCAACACACAGCCACAGCCUUUCCCCCCGAUCCCCUACUCAGGGCUACCGGGUGACCCCUGAUGCUGUGCAUUCAGUGGGAGGGAAUUCAUCACAGAGCAGCUCCCCCAGCUCCAGUGUGCCCAGUUCCCCAGCUGGCUCUGGGCACACACGGCCCAGCUCCCUGCACGGUCUGGCACCCAAGCUCCAACGCCAGUACCGCUCUCCACGGCGCAAGUCAGCAGGCAGCAUCCCCCUGUCACCACUGGCUCACACCCCGUCUCCACCACCACCAGCAGCUUCACCCCAGCGUUCUCCAUCACCCCUGUCCGGCCAUGGUGCCCAGGCCUUCCCCACCAAGCUUCACUCAUCGCCACCCCUAGGCAGGCAACUCUCGCGACCCAAGAGUGUGGAGCCACCCCGCUCACCACUGCUUAAGAGGGUACAGUCAGCUGAGAAACUGGCGGCUGCUCUUGCUGCUUCUGAGAAGAAGCUAGCCACUUCUCACAAGCAUAGCCUUGACCUGCCCCACCCAGAGCUGAAGAAGGAACUCACACCCAGGGAAGUCAGCCCUCUGGAGGUAGUUGGAACCAGGAGUGUGCUGUCCGGGAAGGGGGCACUUCCAGGGAAGGGGGUGCUGCAGCCUGCUCCCUCACGGGCUCUGGGUACCCUCCGGCAGGACCGGGCUGAACGGAGAGAGUCACUACAGAAGCAAGAAGCCAUCCGUGAGGUAGACUCCUCAGAGGAUGACACCGAUGAAGGGCCUGAAAACAGUAAGGGCAUACGGGAGCCGAGCUUGGCACCUAGCCCAGAAGUGGGCCAGAAUCUACCCCUCAGAGGAGCAGAGGGUGGGGAAGAGGGUGCCUUCUUGCCCACUGACCCCAAGAGUCAGGGCCCAGUGGCCCCAGAUCUAUUGACAGGGGUCACUCUGGGGCCUCCCAGAAUAGAGGGCCCCAGUGCCCCCCAGAGGUGGCUUGGGAGCCUGAAAGCUUCUGAGGAGGCUGCCAUCACCUCCUCACCAGCCCCCAGCCUGGGUAGGGCUGGACCCGCAGACCCCGUCUCCACGGAAGGCUGCUGGAAGGCCCAGCGCUUCCACACCCAGGCACUAACAGCACUUUGCCCCAGCUCUUCAGGACUCAUCCCCAUCAGUUGCUCUGACACUUCCUCCACCCCUGGGGAGCCAAGCCCAUGGUCCUGGAAAUUUCUUACUGAGGGCCUAGAGAAGGCAUCCCCAAGUAGAAAGGCAAUGAUGGAAGUUGGGCCAGCCAGCCCCCAGGAUUUGGAAACCACAGCUCCAGCCCACCCUGAGAACCUGUCUUCCAGGCAGGAAGGGAAGUCACAGCUACCUAGUGCUCCUGGACUGGCCCAUUCACCUUGUAAGUUUCCCAGCCGUAGUUGGCUAUGGGAGCCUGGAUGUCUACAAGUAGAGAAAGAGGAGCCGGAGGCAGCCCUUGGCAUCACCAAAGUGCCUGAUUCCUCAGGUGACAGUAAGCAGGAUGCUCCAUGCAGAGGCUGCCCACACACCCAAGAGCCUCGGCCCAGCCGGUUCCCGAGAGGCCAAGAACCAGGGGGCCCUCAGAAAUAUCAGGACUUGGCAUUGGCACCUGAUGAGCUUUUAAAGCAAACUUAACAGUUGUCUGACUUUUCUUGCACUGAGACCUGUGUAAUACAAGCUCUUGGAAACCA